UUGGCAGCGCCUCUGUCCAGCCCACAGAGGCUCGGAUGAGGAAGUGGCCACACUGAUACGUGCGCUGAUUAGGACAGCAAAUUAAAGUAUCCCCCCCUGGAGCAGCCAUGAAGUUUCGACUCCACUUUGUGGUGGACCCCAUGGGCUGGCUGUGUAUCAGCAUGGUGUUUGGAAUCUGGUUCUACAACACUUUGUUUGUUCCCAAACUGGUUUUACUUCCACACUACAACGAGGGACACAUCCCUUGGGCCAUAGUUGUUUGUUAUUACAUAGCAUCAGCACUCUGCAUAGCGGCCCUGUUCAGAGCUUCCACGGCAGAUCCCGGUCGUCUUCCAGCGGACCCCCACAUACCUCACUCAGAGCGAGAGCACUGGGAGUUGUGCAAUAAGUGCAACUUAAUGAGACCUAAAAGGUCCCACCACUGCAGUCGUUGUGGCCAUUGCGUACGCAGAAUGGACCACCAUUGUCCUUGGAUCAAUAACUGUGUGGGUGAAGACAACCACUGGCUCUUCCUGCAGCUCUGUUUCUACACUCAGGUCCUCAGUUUGUUCACCCUUGUGCUGGACUUCUGCCAAUAUUAUUACUUCCAGCCACUGACAGGACUUGACCAGGAAAAGUUUACGACACGCCAUGAACUGGCUCUGCUGCGAGUCUCAGCGCUCAUGGGUUUGGUCAUGUUCGGUGGCAUGACUAGUUUGUUUUACACUCAGAUGACGGGCAUCCUCUCUGAUACUACCACCAUUGAGAAAAUGGCCCAUUUCUCAAAUGAAAUAUUUGGUUCGAAGAGAUCCUGGCAGUGGGCAUUAGCUGAAGUUUGCGGCACUCGCUGGAAACUCCUGUGGCUCAUCCCGCUCCGAAGCAGGCAGCCGCUUCAAGCCAGACACCACUUCCGCACCCACGUGUAGGCCGGUACCACUACAGUACCUUUUACCUGCACAGAUGGUAGGGCUGCCAUAAUGAAACACUCUAUACACACUUAAGAAUCCAUCUGCUCGCCUUCACCAUCCUCUUUUGUGCUAUGGGAGCUGGGCAGCGGUCUUGGUUUGUCAGUGGAUACUCUUCGCUUUUUUUUUUCUUCCUUUCCCUUUUUUUUUUUUUUUUUUUUGUUGUUUUUUUUGCCUUUCUCUACAAGACCCAGACUGGCAGUAAACAGGGUCAAGAAACACCUAAAGGAGUGACGGGAAAAUGCUUUUUUACUCACUGUGACUGCUACUUUCAGCAUUUGAACACCACUUUUAAUGGCUAAUUGCAUCAGAAGGAUGGAAGUCGUCGCUUGAAAGCAGCUGGCAAAAGGGACCCCUCUCAGGUUACUUAAAGAGCCUUCACUACUGACCUUUAAUCAACUACAGACAGAACUAGGGUAACUCCACUGUGUCUAUUAGAAAGGCAAUUUUUUGUAUCAAGUUUGUGCCUUGUUUCUUUUAACUAUGUCUUUUUUUAUUUGUCAUGCAUGAGCAGUGUUUUUGCUUCAUGAUUGCUGGUUGGUGAUCUUUGAAAUUUUCUUGUGAACAAUGAAGGGAUCUGAUGUCAACUGCAUUCCUGCAAUUGGAGAUCAUUUGGUUCAUGAAUGUGUCCUUGCAUUGUUCUGUGAACGUUUUAUCUAUGAAGUGGUGUUUUAUGAAGCAUGGCCACAGAACAAAAAUUAUAACUUGACUAAUGAUAUGGUAUACUUUUAUGACUAUGAAGUAUAAAGACAAUUAGCAAUUCAUGUGGUCAGGGCAAAAGUCCAAAAUUCGAGGUUUAUAUGAUCAAUCAUAGUCUGUAGAUGUCGUAGUAAAAACCUGCUGUAUAAAGUUUCUCUGAGUAAACAGACAUUGCACAGUCAAUUAAUACUAUGGCCUGAUCAUAAGCUGUUAUGAAAUUCUUACUAAAGUAGUAUGAGUGUCUCAUACUAUUAUCAGAAUCACCAUGUAUAUCUUAAAAGAAUAGUUCGACAUUCUGGGAGAUACACUUUUUGGUUUAAGUGAGAUGAGAACAUCAAUACCACUCUCAUCAGGUGUCCUGCUUAGCUUAGUAUAAAAACAUAAAUCCUGUAAAAUCCACGGCUUGUUUUUAUUUCUGUUUGGGUUUUUUGUCCAAAUUCAACAAAGAUACAACAUGGUAAUGAGUGAGUUUUUGUUAGGCGGAUUCUGUUUUACAGUUUGACAGAGCGAGGCUAGCUGCUUUCCCUGACCUGAUGGCUGUAGUUUUAUAUUUACCGUACAGUCUCAUGAGUGGUAUCAUUCUUCUCGUCUAAUUUUCUGCAAGAAGCCAUAUCAGCGUGUUUCCCAAAAUCUCAGCAAUCAAUAACACAUAAUGCGUUGGCAAAAAAUGCCUUUUGAACACGUCUUUCAUUUUAGUACUCCUCACAAUAUAAUUUGUGAUUUAUAUACAUAUCAUUUUAGUGCUGUUGCUGUUAUAGUUACGUCUUAAAUGUGUCUGGACAAGUGGCUUUAAAAAAGCGUAUAUCUUUAUACAAAACCUAGCAGAGUAGUCUAAAUGUGGCGACAUACGGCUAGUUAAAGGUCCAGUGUGUCAGUUCUAGGCUGCUGUAUUUAUAGAAUAUAAUAUGCAUAUUUAUGUUUUUAUCACUGUAUAAUCACCUGAAAAUAAUAACUGUUAUGGUUUUGUUAUCUUAGAAUAAGUUUUUUUAUAUCUACAGAGGCUGCAGGUUCUUGGAGUCCACCAUAUUGCACCACCAUGUUACUACAGUAUCCCAGAAAGGACAAACAAAAAACACUGGCUCUUGAUAGGGUGCUUCAUGUUUUUCAUGUUUCGGACACUGUAAUUCACUAGGAAGGAGAGGGUGAAACGAGGUGGUUGUUAUUAACACCACUACACCACUAGAUGCUACUAAAGUCUACACACUGAUCCUUUAACACUUGACACAACAUUGAACAUUUAUUUAUGGUGGUUUUGCUGUAAAACUAUGGUACUGUAUAGAGAUUUUAUUCAAUUAUUUAAGAGGAUAUUUAAGGAUAAGACGAUUCAGUGCAUUAUAAUACUAGCAUAGCAUGGUUGUCCUUGUCUAUAAUACUUGGCAAUCCCAUAGCUAAACCUGUAUGUAAACAAUGCUUGCCAUGUGUGGGAAAUAUUAUAAUAUCCAAGUAGUCUUAAGUGCCUUUUUAGGUUUUCUUUUUACUCUCACAGAACAUUACCAUCACCGUAAAAGCCAAAGACCUGGGGAAAUGUUGCAAUAGACAGCAAGCAUUCAGUAAAUGCAUGUUUCACCAAAUUUCUGAAGGUAGCGGUUCAAUGUUAUGCACUGAUUUUCACAUUAGCCCUUACUCUGUUUUACUGCAUCAAUAGUACUCUUGAAAGAAAGUCGUACCUUGAAGUUAUGUUGUCCUUUGUUUUAAUCAUAUCUUUAAUCUGAUUGUUCUGCAUUUGCAUGAGUGUUUAUUGAUAAAUUUGCUCAGUGGUUUUUAUAACUAAGAUUCAGGUUCUUGGAUGUUUGU